UUACGCUCAGAAACAUAAUCACAAACACUUUGUGAUGUCUGGGGUGUGGGUGUUCAAGAACGGUGUGGUUCGCCGGGUUGAAAACCCGAAAGUGGAGUCUUUAGACGGAAGUGGUCGACAAGCGUCGACCACCCGGCGGAAGGUUUUGGUUUACACGCCAACUAACGAGGUAAUGACGUCUUACGCCGUUCUGGAGCUGAAGCUGUUGGGGCUGGGAUGGGAGAGGUAUUACGAUGACCCAGACCUGUUUCAGUUCCACAAGCCAUCCACGAUUCACCUCAUUUCUCUCCCCAGGGAUUUCAGCAGAUUCAGGUCCAUGCACAUGUUUGACAUUGUUGUCAAGAAUCGGAACAGCUUCGAAGUUAGGGAUAUGUGACCCGUCGUCCAUCGAUUGGCUGGUGGUCUGUGUCUGCUCUGUUAAUUAACUUGUAUCUCUAUCCACCCACCAUCUCAAUUACUAUGUUUGUUUAGCUUGCUGGUCUCAUGGGUUGUUUUGUUUUUCUUGUAUCAACACUUCACCAGUCACCUGUUGUUUUCUUUUUCUCUUUCUCUUUGUGGGUCUCUCUCCUUUUAUUGUAAAGGUGGCCUGGUGCUGGUGCAUAUAUAUAUAUAAAGGAAGUAAUUAAAUACAUGGA